AUCAUACAACAUGAGGAUUUUUUAGAUGCGGUGAAGAAAGCUGUGAGAGAAGCUGAAUAGGUCUUGUUGCAGCUAGUAUACAUUCGCUGAGUUCAUGUAGUUCCCACAAUCUUAAUACUUGUUUACCUUUAAAAGGAUGAAUCAGAAGCCGAAUGUGUUUUAAUUAUAUGUUGGAAAAUACUUUGUAUUUUCGGGUAAAAUCUAUACAUUAUAGUUUGUAAGAUAACAAGUGGAUGAAUAUGUAACACCUUGGUCAAGAAGGAGGGUUGAAAUUAGAGAUGAUCAUGCUGAAGGUGUCAGUACGAGUAAGGUCAGGAGGUUCCGAGUUUAGGAGAGAAUUGUAGUGAAUAUACUGUAUUUUCGAGGGGGUCUGCAGUAUUAGAGACCUGUGUUCAGUGAUUCCCAGCAGUAGCAGUACGUUACUAAGUUGUCGAGCUAGAUCACAGCUGAGGAUUCUCCAGAGCUCGCAUAGUUCCAGGAGAGUGACUGGAUAGAACGGCAAGGUGUGAGGCUACGUCUAACACUGAGCAGUGGUUGUUGUUCAGGUUAACCUUAGUUGGAAUGGACAACGUAGAGGAAAUCAGUAAGGCCAGAUACAUAGCGACUGAACCCAUCAAUUUUCUUCUUUUUGGAAUUCAAGGGAUGCUGACUACCCUCCGCACACUCUACAUCCAAGAGACUCUCGCCAGUGACUAUGAGUACAACUUGCUUCCUCAACAAGAUGGCAAUUGCUCACUUCCGAACGUGUCCAACCCCCUUGAAGUCCAGAUCAACUCUGAGACAGCACUGUGGGUUAUGUGGUUAGCAAGCAUCUCGACCUUCUUACCCAUCCUCACUGCAUCUGUUCUGGUUGCUUCUUCGGAUUUCAUCGGUCGGAAACCCAUUCUGAUAUUCUCAGCGACCGGUCACCUCAUUGCGUCUCUUAUAUAUCUCCUUGUUGCUGUGGCGAGGCUGCCCCUUGCUGUGACCUUCCUCGCAGCCAUAACGUUAGGAAUCUGUGGUGACACAUCGGCAGCAUUUACUGUCUGUACUGCUUAUAUUGCGGACUCUACAAGUGGUAAUACCCGCACACAGAGACUAGUUUUACAAUCACUCGUCCUAUAUGCAGGAUGGGGUAGCGGCCAGGCUGUUGUUGGUGUGCUUCUACGGUACCUCGGUAACUUCCCCGUGUGUUUCGCAGUGCCAGUAGCACUAUCCGUCAUCAAUUUAGCGUACACAAUAUGUCCGGGGGUACUCCUUGAGACGAUAUCCCCUCGAGAGCAUUUCAAUGCCAAGAAAGUCCUCCGCAAAAGUUUCAAGAACCUCCGAGGCAUUUUCCGCAGGAGGAUGUCGGGUGGAAGAUGGAGGUUGUGGUGUCUGAUCACCAUUGUUUGCCCAAUAAGUCUCGUAAAUGAGAGCAUUUACGAUGUCAUCGUCAUCUAUGGUCUUGGAAGCCCAUUCUGUUGGACAGCUGAUGUCGUAGGCUACUAUUCUGCUGCCGUCUCUCUCUUUCCUGCAGGAGUUGCAGCGCUCAUUGUGAAGCCGCUACUGAGAUGCUUUUCGGAAUACUGGCUCAUCCAUUUUUCGAUCAUUUCUUUCCUCGCCCAAAUAGUGACGUCAGCAUUGGCACAGAAUACUGUUCAGCUAGCCAUCAUUGCAACUGUCGUCAGCUUCAUGAGAACCACCGCUUCACCUGUUUGCAAAGAUCUCAUUUCCAGAGCGGUAACAAAGAGAGAGCAUGGAAUGUAUUUCGCCUUGUUAUCCCUUGCCACGAGUAUAGUGGCUGUUUGUUCACCCUUCCUCAUCAAUGGACUAUUCGCAUACACGAAUAAGAUUGGCUUCCCUCAAAUCACAUUUUAUGUGACUUCAGUUAUUCUACUUUUCCCUAUGACAUUGAAUGGAAUACUGCAGAACUACGUUCAAAAGACACAGAGGGAAAAGGAGUCGUCAAAACUCGACGACCAAACCGACGGAUCUCGUAACCAAUCUCUACGUCUUGAACCCAGCGACGAUGAAAUUUAAAUUUUGCCUCGAACUUGAAGCAAUGCCAAUCAACAUUAAGCGAAUAAGUACCAGUAAUAUCAAUGCUUGAUUAUAAGUAUAAGUAUCUUAAAUAAUGUGACUAAUAUAGUUACGAUAUAACGUAGUUGUUAGGAGUGCUCUCAUAUACCUCGACAUAAUUGUGAGUGCUAAAGGUAUGACCUUUACAAUUGAUGACUAUGACACGACAUACCAUAAUAAAUAUAUGUAUUUACUGGGGUGCUCCAGUACGCCCCCCUCUCCCACGA